AAGAAAUUUCAUUGUCCUCUUCGUUCUAUGCUUCGAGCCCGCCAGAGUGUAGAAUUUUCGGGUCCAAUCCAUUGAAAAUCACGUACAUCGCAGUAUGGUCUGCGUUUCUUUGCAGCUUUUUCUUAUCUUUGUGAUUUCCAGUUCUUGUUGUUAUGCAUCUCAGGCUUCGAUCAACGAAAACCUUGUGAAUCGAGAAGUAACUCGAUCGAUUGAUAUUUCAAGUCAGGUGGCGAAGUGCAAUGUUAAAGUAACGCUGGAAAAUACUGGCGAAAAGUCGGCAAGCUCAUUUCACACAGCUGUAGAUGCCGUGCUUGCGGAAAAAAUUGGCUACAUCGGUGCCUGGGUUGGUACAGAUGAAAAAUCAAAGACUCUUGUCAUUAGCGAAGUGAAACAGAAUGGAGUGAACUCAAAAUUGUUUGAAGUUGGAUUAGAUGGACCACUUGCAGCUGGAAAGUCAGUGAAAGUGAACAUUGAGAUGGCGUUUGUUUAUGCUUUGAGGCCAUUUCCAGAAAAAAUUGCACAAAGUGAAAAGCAACUUGUAGUGUUUAAUGGAAAUCAUUAUUUCUUUUCACCUUACAAGACUGUCAAGCAAACAACAACAGUGAAAUUAUCUUCCUCAACUGUCGAAUCGUAUAGUGAAUUGAAACCAUCUUCCUUGGAGGACAAAACAAUCACUUAUGGACCAUAUGAAAACACAGAGCCAUAUCAGAGCAGCCAAAUGAAAAUCCACUAUGAAAAUAAUUCGCCAUUUUUGACUGUUGUAAAUAUGGUUCGUUUGAUUGAAGUGUCCCACUGGGGAAACAUAGCUGUUGAGGAGACCUUUCAUGUUAAACAUACCGGGGCGGAACUUAAGGGUACCUUUUCCCGAUACGACUAUCAAAGAAGCCAGACAUUUGCUGUCAUCAAAUCAUUCAAAAGCGUUUUGCCAGCUUCCGCCGCCGACGUAUAUUACCGCGAUGAGAUUGGUAACAUCUCUACGAGUAAUCUUUUAGCUGUCGAGGACUCCGUUGAACUUGAGAUAAGACCACGUUUCCCGUUGUUUGGUGGAUGGCAAACACGUUAUUACAUUGGUUAUAAUGUUCCUAGCUACGAGUACCUCUUCAGUUCAGGAAAUGAUUACCAAUUGCAAAUGAGGUUUAUCGACCAUGUUUAUGAUGAUUUCAUUGUUGACCACUUUACACUUAGGAUUAUUUUACCCGAAGGAUCAAAGGAUUUGGACAUGCAGCUUCCUUUCGACGCUAUUCGUGGGGACAAUGGUCUACAUUUUACGUACCUUGAUACAUUUGGAAGGCCAGUGGUUGUGUACCAUAAAAACAACUUGGUCGAGCAGCACAUCCAAGAAUUUGAGCUCAACUAUCAAUUCAAUAAGAUUUUACUACUUCAAGAACCAUUGUUACUCGUUGGUGCAUUGUAUCUUAUGUUUUUGGCAGUCAUUGUUUACGUUCGAAUGGACUUCUCCAUCACUAAGGAUGCGGCUCAGGAAGCUCGGCUUCGCGCUGCUGGUCUUAUCGAGGAAUUAGUGGGACUUCUCGAGCAGCGCAAACGUUUGUACGAUUCAUUCAACGAUGCAAAGAAUAAAUACAAAGCCACAAAGGAUUCGGCUUCAUUUGUCGCUUCGCGAAAAUCUCUCGAUGGGGAGUAUCGUACAGUUAGCCAGAAAAUCAGUGAGCGGCAGGCUGCUUUGUCCAGCGAUCAACCGGAGAGCGCAGAAAAGAUGGUUGAACUCCAACGAAAGGAGGUUGAACUUAAACGCCUUAUGGACGAGGCCAUCAUCUUGGCUCAAAAAGUCGUCGAUGGAAAGAUCAACAAGCAAUUGUAUAUCGAGCAGGACGAGGCAAAUGCUGCAAAGCGCGAGAAGCUGUUCAUGGAUAUCGAGAGCAUCCAAGAAACACUCUAAGAGAACACUACAAAAGAAUUUGGUUGUUUUUUAAACUUGAUUUUUAGUGUUGAGCUUUGCAAAUUAAAAAUGUAUGAAUGAA